AUGGGUAAGGCCCACCUCAGCAAUGGUGGCGAACCGUGUGAGCCCUUGCUGGAUCAGCCGGAGGAGAAAUCUAAAAGCAUUCUCAGCCCUAACCCAGAGGCUACAGCCAAUAUUUUUUCUAGGAUUACUUUUAUAUUUAUGACCAAGCUUUUUUACAAGGGAUGCCGGAAAACGCUAGAAGUGGAGGACAUGUACGAGCCCUUGCCAGACCAUGAGUCUGAAGCUGCCACGAAUCGUCUGACAAAAGCUUGGAAUGAGGAGCAGGAAUUGGCUGCAAAGUCAGGGAGGGAUCCCAACCUCAUGGCAGCAGUUCGAAGAACAUAUUGGAAGGAAAUUGCUCAAUUCGGUGUAUUGCUAUUCCUGGAGGAAAGUGUCAAACUUUGUCAACCACUUUUUAUGGGUCGUCUGAUUCGUUACUUUCGGUUUGACGCCCCUUUGACUGAAAUGGAGGCAUAUGUUGCUGCUGGAGGAGUUGCGAUGACCGCUGCUCUGUUUGCGCUAAUUCACCAUCCAUAUUUUUACGGCCUUCAGAAGGUCGGCCUCCAGCUGAAGGUUGCUGCUAGUGGGAUGCUGGUAAAUAAGGGUAUUCGUCUUUCGAGUUCCGCUCUGCAUAAAACCACUGUUGGCCACAUGGUGAAUCUACUUUCCACGGAUAUCAACAAAUUCGAUAUGGGUUUCUUGUUUCUUCAUUACAUGUGGGUUUCUCCACUGCUGCUAAUUGGCUACAGCUUUUUCCUAUGGCAGGAAAUUGGACCAUCAUCUUUUGCCGGAUUCGGAGCCCUGGUACUUCUAAUCCCGAUUCAGGGCUACUUUAGCAGGCAAAUGGGAGUGUGCAGGAGAGCUAUUGCCGCACGUACCGAUAAACGUAUUAGUAUCAUGAAUGAAAUACUGAACGGUAUCCGAGUGAUUAAGAUGUAUGCGUGGGAAGGCGCGUUUUCUGAGGUUGUUGCUGACUUGAGGAGGCGUGAAAUGCGCAAAGUACGUCAAAAUGCUGUCUAUCAAUCUCUUGUAAUGGGAUUGUUUUGGUCGUCGGGGAAGCUCAUUGUUCUCUUUGCCGCUUUGUGUUACGUUUUUACCGGCAACGAGCUCACUGCGGAAAGGAUUUUUGUCGCUACUGCCCUUUACAACGCAUGUCGAUUGCCAGUCACUCUGUUUCUUCCGUUUUCAUUGCAGUUCUUUUUUGAAGUUCGGGUAUCCGUCAGACGUAUUCAGGCUUUUCUUGAAUUAGAAGAGUUUUCCUCCUACUGCCAUAAUUCACUGACUUACAAGGAGGAACCAAACCAAAAUGUUAUUGCCAAUUCUGAGACCAAGGACGAAAGCAAGGCUCUUCUGGAUCACGAGAUGAAUAACAUAGAUGUAAUCAGUGACGAGAAGAAAAAGCUUGUCGAGGAUGGUGGUCGAGUUGUUGCUCAAUCGCUUACUACAACAUGGCAAACAGCUGAGGAAGAGGGAGAAGAUGUUUAUGCCGUUAAAAAUCUCAAUCUUGAAGCCAAUCCAGGUGAUCUAGUCGCUGUUAUUGGUCCUGUUGGAUCAGGAAAGUCGUCGUUGCUGUCUUCAUUACUUUGCGAAGCUCGGCGGAUCUCUGGCAAACUUAUUAUCUCUGGAAAGAUAGGAUAUUGUAGCCAAGAUGUUUGGAUUUUCAGCGGAACGAUUCGCGAUAAUAUCCUCUUUGGCUGUGAUUAUGACCAGGAGAAGUAUCGCCGAGCUCUUGAAGUUUCAGCCCUAAGUAAUGAUAUCGCUCAGUUUCCUCGUGGAGAUGCAGUGCUCGUUGGUGAUCGCGGGACUUCCCUCUCAGGUGGACAGAAAGCGCGUAUUGCUUUGGCUCGCGCCAUUUAUUCAGAUGCCGAUGUUUUCCUUCUUGAUGAUCCUUUGUCCGCUGUCGAUGCGACAGUGGGGCGUUUCCUUUUUGAGAAAGUAAACAGUGCUACGUUCGAACGAUCUACCAGCUGCAUAAGUGAAAAGGACGAAAAAGAGGUGAUUGAGAAGGCUGACUAUGUCCCUGAAAUCAUCGAGGAAGAUAAGGUGGCAGGCAAGUGUUUCACUUUGAAGGGACUUCUUAAAAAUGUAAACACUGCUGCUUUCGGGCUCACACUAUCAACUUCUCGCUGGUUUGCCGUUUGUAUCGACUGGCUUGUUGCAUUGUUCGUUUCCGUGGUCGCAUUCUUCAGUGUGAAUAACACCAGGAUGUCAAACUCUCCUGGUACACGGCUGUCGGUGCGAUUGGCGGUCUUGAAGCACUUCUGCGUCUGGUCUAAUCGGAAAGGAGAAAAAUCUAGACUUUCUGCUAUUACAAAUAUGUUCCUGAAGUACGAUGAAAGUGAAGAUGGUGAAUUUGUGCUAAAGAACAUAUGUCUGGAUAUUAAACCGAGGGAAAAGGAACCCGUUCUAUUCAUUGGCAGCUUACGUAGGAACCUCGAUCCAUUUAAUCAGCACAGUGAUGAAGAACUUUGGAAAGUUAUUGAACAAGUGGAGUUGAAAUCGGCGAUAGCAGAACUUAGUGGAGGUCUGGAGGCAUCUAUGCAUGAAGGCGGAGUGAAUUUUUCAGUUGGUCAGCGACAACUGGUAUGCUUGGCACGUGCGCUACUGCGCAAUUCACGAAUUCUUGUCAUCGACGAAGCAACUGCUAAUGUGGAUCCACGGUGA